AUGGAUUUUAACAGCGAAGAUGUUCAUGGUGAUAGUAACAACAACAACGAUUUCAUGCCUUUUCCAACAACGAUGCAUGUUUCAAGAAUGAAAAUUGGUGAAAAACCGUAUUUAGGAAUGAAGUUUAAUAGUCAUGAGGAGUCCUAUGUUAUAACUCAUGGAAAAUCAAGAGCAACUUAUUUGAAGUUUAAUGAUGUUAUUGUGUUUGAUGUGACUUAUAAAACCAACAAGUUUAGUCUUCCAUUUUCACCAUUUACUGGGGAAUGGUUAAACUACAUGCAUGGAAUUGAACCAGGUGCUAUCAUCACAGACCAAGACCGAGCAAUGUGUAAUGCCAUUCAUAAAGUCUUUCCAAACACAAGGCAUAGUUAUUGUUAUUGGCAUCUGCAGCGACAUAUUGCCGAUCAUUUGCAUACUUUGAAUUCUGUUUAUAGUGAAGAAUUUCAAAAAUAUUGGGACUUGUGGUGUAAUAGUGGUAACAUUGAGAACUAUAAUUUGCAUUGGCUCGAGAUUAAGGAGAAGUUUAAGAUAAUAGAAGAAGAAGAUGGAUGGCUGCAAACUAUGUACAUGUAUCGAGACCAUUGGGUGUUAUGCUUUUUAAAAGGCAUGUUUUUUGCAGGAAUGAGAUCAACUCAAACGAGUGAAAGCAUCAACUCAUUCUUUGAUGGAUAUGUGAAUUUACAAACACAGUUAAAAGAAUUUGUAACUCAAUAUGAAAAGACCGUGACACAUCGACGAUUGAGUGAAGCACAUGAAGAUUUUAGAACUCUUAAUACAAAACCGCAGUUUCACCUUAGGCAUCCAAUUGAAAGACAAGUUGAAAGUAGUUAUACCCGCACUAUGUUUCAUGUAUUUCAGAAUGAGAUCAAAGGGUGUGGUGUUCUUGGCCUUCAAGAGGAGAAAAAAGAAGAAAAGUCUGUUUUAUGCCGAGUUGGUGACUUAGAUGAAAGCAAUGAAAAGUGGAGGUUUGUUACUUAUGAUGAAUGUAAAGAAUUACAGUAUAGUUGCAACUGUGCCAUCAAGAUCCAUCAUCUCAUAGAUGAGGCCGUGUUUAUAGCGGUUGCAGAGUUGCAGAUGCAGUAA